AUGUCCACUCUCUCUUGUGUUUGUCUGAAUCAAAUCUCCGACACUGUGGUAGUUGAGGGAGGUAUGUCGGAUGGUUAUUUGCCAGUCGAUGGCAAUGACAACGACAUCGACUCAAGCGCAGGAUAUCAGAACCAGCACAGCAAGCACAGCAAGGACGGCGACAGCGACGGGGAAGGCUUCAGCGAUAAUGAGAAUGAAGACCCCUUCAAUAGGAGGAAGAGCAUCCGGUUCAACAGGGACUACUAUGGCCUGGGGACUAGAAUCGCCGAUGUCGUCCUCCAUGGAGGACACGGAGGCGACCAUCUGCUUGAUCAUGGGAAAACGGAGCUCACUGGCUGGGCGUCAAUCUGGCUGGCGUAUCAAUCCAUCGGGGCUCUUUACGGAGACGUUGGCACCAACCCGCUCUAUGUUUUCUCCUCGACGUUUGCGACACCCCCGGCCGGUGAAGACCUAAUUGGAGUACUCUCGCUUAUAACCUGGGCGUUGAUACUGAUUGCGACGAUUAAAUAUGUCGGGAUCGUUCUAUGCGCUAAUGAUAAAGGCGAAGGCGGCUCUUUUGCGCUUUUCUCACUGAUACAACGUUAUGUCGACAUUGAUAACCAGAACCGGGACGCAUCGGACUUCCUUGUAAACGACGACGAGAAGCAACUGCGUCCGUUUAACCUCAAGGCUAUGAACCUGUUGAAGAGGAGUUCUAGAGCAAAGAAGGUUGUUAAGGUUUUCGCGGUGCUCGGUGUUUGUAUGGUGAUAUCAGACGGCGCUUUGACUCCUGCACAAUCCAUCCUUGCUGCUGUUCAAGGGCUCCAAAUCGCUGCGCCGAAUAUUGAAACCCAUACUCUGGUAGCAAUUGCCUGCGUCCUGAUCAUUUUUCUCUUUGCUUUGCAGCCGUUCGGCACAUCUAAACUGAGUAGUUUUUUCACGCCCAUUGUGAUUGUAUGGUUGAUGUUCAACGUCAUAUCAGGGGUCUAUAACCUACUUGCCUACGAUUUCUCAGUCCUGCGCGCCUUUUCUCCGUGGAUGGGACUCGAUUAUCUCCUUCGGAAAAAAUUCGAAGGAUGGAAAUCGCUUGGGGGCGUUCUUCUUUGCUUCACUGGUAUAUCUAUCCGCCGUGUUGAAGCUCUCUUUGCCGACCUAGGCGCAUUCUCCGUCAAGCAAGGCAAUACGGGUCUCGUGGCUAUGUUUUGCGCUCCCUUGUUUGCUCCUCACAUACUGUGGUCAGGCCGCCUUUAUCAGCGUCCAUCCAGAAGCGGUCGUGAACCCACUGUUCAAAUCAGCGCCCCCGGGGAUGUACUGGCCGCUCUUUCUGCUCUCGAUACUGACUUCGAUUGUUGCAUCCCAACCAUGCUUACGGGGACUUUCAACUCAUGA